AUGGCCCCUCCUACUCCCACCUCUAACCCUUUCGCCGCCAUGAGGAACUUUGGUGGUAUGGUGUCGUCUGCUCUUUCCUUCGGCGACAGAUCUCGCCAAGUCUCCUCCCUCGGCCUCGGCACCCUCUCUUUGGGGGAGCCGUCUGGCGAUGUCCCGCCUCCUCGCUCCGCUUCUCCUCCCGCCGGUCCUCCCGCUGGUUCUCCCUCUGCUUCUCCUCCUCCUGGUCCUCGCUCUGCUUCCCCUCCUGCCGCCAGUCCUCGCCGCAGGACGCCCGCCUUUCGUCCUGACUUCGAAGGAAAAGGGGGUGAUUAUAGUGAUGAGGAUGAUAGAAUCGUGUCGGAGGGUGAAACCGAGUUAGAGGAACACUCGGAUGAUGAUAUGGUGGCGAUAGUCCUGAGCCCGGUCCUGCCCCUCCCCCUGCUCAAAUUGUGGGCCAGAAACGACGCCGUUCCCUCUCUUCUUCUUCUUCUUCCUCUUCUUCUUCUUCCUCUUCUUCUUCCUCUUCCGGGGUUCUCCCCCCCCCCCAACGCCAUCGCCGCUGCUGCCGCUGCUGCCGCCGCCGCCGCCGGUCCUGCUGCCGCCGUCCCCGUCGCUGCUCCCCCCCCUUCUCCCAGAGGGGAGCCUUCGCCCAAACGGGUGAAGAGAUCACUGCGGGAAGAAGAGUACUUGUGGGAGAAGAUGAAGUCCGAGCCUGGUCGUUGGAUCGCGGUUGGUGUUGACGAAGCGUGUGAUCGUUGCCGACGUGAGAUUAUCACGUAUAAUCGUCCAAACUGGCCCUGCCUCAAGGCAGUCAGGCCACACAACAAGGCCCUCCGUUGUGCUUCAUGCACGUCUGGCCCCUGCUCCUUCUGUCCCGUUUCUUCUGCCCAGGACAUCCCGCCCCGUCCCUCCGACUCUUCGCCCUUCCCCCCUCCUCAGACUCCAGCGUCUGUCCCCCGUUCGCGGGUACCUCCUUCGUCUCUCCGGUCGGUUCGCCGUACUUCGCCGGACCUCCGCCCGUCGCCUCCGUCGCCGUCGCCCUUCGCUCCUGUGGCCGGCCCAUCACGUCUCCCGGCUGUUCCUCCUUCGUCUUCUCGCCGUCCUUCGGCCUCUGCUCCUUCGGCCUCCCGUCCUUCGGCCUCUCGUCCUUCGGCGCCACGUCCGUCCUCUCCAGUGGUAGCUUCUCCUCCGGCUCACAGCACCCGAAGUCGGCGUCCUUCUGUUCCUCCGGCCACUUCGGCGGCCCCUCCCGUCACCCCUCCCUCUGCUCCCCAGAAGACACCGAAGUCUUCUUUAAAGAAAUCAAAAGGGAAAUCUAAAGAGAAGGAGGUUGCCUUCAAUGAUGGUGAUGUGGAAAAUGAAGAUACUCAGCGUGCUGGUCCCUCUGCUCUCCGGUUGUCCCUCGUCCACCCUCGUAUCUCCCUGGACGUCCGUAUUCCUGAGGACGAAAAGGAAUUCGCCACUUAUCGUUCUCUCGUCCUCGGUCUCACUACUCAGCUUGAGGCCGCCCGAAAUGAUACAUCUCUCCUGCUUGACUUCUCUUCUCGUCAAGCUAACGCUUUAAACAAUCUUACUGCGGCGUUAGUAGAUGUAGUCAACACUGGGGCUCUGGACGACGAAGCAAGGACAAGACUGCUCUCGACCUCCUCAGUCUUCCCUUCGAGUGUCUACGGACCAUACGUUCUCUGUGACAUGCAAGCUGCUCGAGAUGUCCAGGACUUCGGUGACUUCUUUGGGGCUAUGAAUCGGGCAUGGAAUGCUUCUCUCUCUACUGCGUUCCCGUCUGAGACUCUCGAUCUACCUUCGGUCAUCGGUAGCCUCCACACCAAUCCCGCGGGACCGAGUAGAUCGAAGGAGAAAGGAAAAGGAAAAGGUAAGGGUAAGAGUAAGGACAACCCUUCGCAGUCGCCCUUCCUUCGGCUUAGUAGGGUGAAGUUCGUGGAACUUCGCCAAUAUGUCAUCAGCUCCAUCGACGUUCUCCACUGGUUCCCAUGA